AUGAACUCUGAUAAUCAAUUAUAUUUACUGACUGAUGUCAAGUCGAAUUUAAGGAAAUCCUCGCUGGAAUUGUCCCAAUGGAAGUUACACAGAUCUGCGAAAUGGUCCGCAGAAGCAUUAUGUGGAAUGCCAGAGAUGCCGCCUGCAACAAAGGCAUCAACAAGUAUCCCUACUGGUAUGGCAGAUGAUGAAUCACCCCUAAGGAAAAGAAUAGAUUUAUCAUUGCAGAAUUCUUUAGUUCACCAUAACAAUUUUGGUCUUUCGGAAUCAGAAUACGAUCUUUAUCUAUUGGCAUCAUCCUUAUUCGAUUGUAAAGAGUUUGAUAGAUGCGCAUAUUUUCUCAAAGACGUCACUAACCCAUGUCUUAAAUUCUACAAAUUAUACUGUGAUUAUCUAUCAUGGGAUAAGAAAGUGCGUGGGAAUAUGGAAAGUGUAUUAACUACUGGUAAAAACCCCAAACAAUCAACCCAUCGAGAUCCCAAUGGUGAUGGGGAUAAUGAGAGCGAAAAAGAUUUUCAAGCAAGCAACAGUCCCAGGAUGGCUUCCACAGGUGAUAGUAAUCAGAGCCCCGUUUCCACUAUUUUGAGAGAAUUGAAUUCUUAUCUGGACACUACGGUGGUUCACCUAAACAAUGGCAUUGGAUUGGCAUUGUUAUAUUAUUUGAAAGGUAUUCUACUGAAAUUAAAUGAUAACAGAGCUCAUGCCAUGUCUUUUUUCUUAAAGUCAUUAUCAUGUUAUUCUUUCAAUUGGGCUUGCUGGCUUGAGCUAUUAGACUGCUUAAGUCGACCUGAUGAAUCACUGUUACUGAUAAAAUAUUUGGAUCAAAAAUUCUGUUUAGAGCCAACAGAAAACUUGGGGUCACAGGCUGAUACUCAUCAAAAUAUUAUGAUAAGAUUCUUCAAAUUGGUACUUUUCCAAGAAUUUAGUGGUAAUACUUAUGAUUUUGCUCAUGAACUUGAAUACUUACAUGGAUUUUUCCCCAAUUUCGCUUAUCUGAAGGCUCAAAAUGCAUUGAUAACUUACAAUUACAUGGAUUAUUUGAAUUCCGAAAGUUUAUUUAACGAAGUGGUUAAAUCAGAUCCAUAUAGGCUGGAUGAUCUAGAUACCUAUUCCAACAUUUUGUACGUGAUGCAAAAACAUUCAAAAUUGGCAUAUCUGGCACAAUUCACUUCACAAGUGGAUAAAUUUAGGCCAGAGACCUGCUGCAUUGUAGCCAAUUACUACAGUGCUCGACAAGAGCAUGAAAAAUCUAUCAUGUACUUCAGAAGAGCUCUCACGCUGAACAAAAAUUGUACUAGUGCCUGGACGCUAAUGGGCCAUGAAUUCGUCGAACUGAAGAAUUCUCAUGCUGCCAUCGAAUGCUACCGCCGUGCUGUUGACAUAAAUGCAAGAGAUUUCAAGGCAUGGUACGGAUUAGGACAGGCUUAUGAGGUGUUGGAUAUGCAUCUUUACUCCCUUUACUAUUUUCAAAAGGCAUGCACUUUAAAACCACUCGAUAGACGAAUGUGGCAGGCAUUGGCAGCCUGCUAUGCUAAAGUCGGUAAUAGACAAGAAGCUAUCAAAUGUUAUGAAAGAGCACUACAAUUGUCAUUACAUGCGGAUCAGGAUUCCGUAAUAUUAUACCGUCUCGCAGACUUGUACGAACAAAUUCAUGAACUCGAUAGUUGUAAAGAAUUUAUGGUGCGUUGUGUUGAAGUAGAAAAGUUCACAGAAGGUCUUGUCACUGAUGAAACUGCAAAAGCAAGACUUUGGUUGGCUAAAUAUGAAGCUAAAAGGAAGAAUUUCGAAGAGGCAUACAAUUACGCGGUUGGUGUAUCGCAUGGCACAUCUCAAGAGAUAGAAGAGGCAAGAGCCAUAGCGAGAGAAUGCCGAAGAAGAAUUCAAUGA